AGCGAGUGAGAGCCCCUCUGGUGAGGUGCGGAUGCUCUGCUUUCCCACAUUCUGCUCUCAGGUUCGGUGCUAAGCGGAUGCCCCUCUUCAUCGCUCCUCCGUCAACCGACCCGCACACACCAUUUCAAAAUAACAGAAAAAAUAACAGAGACCUUGGCGUUUGAUCGCGCUCAGUUUGACGCUCUUUUGAAUCAUUUGUCCGGGUUUAUUGCCGUGCGAUUGCAAUCGAAAAAAAGAAAAAAACGUUGGCCAAAAGUUUACUGUUUCGCGGGAGAACCUCUGCAGUGAUAGUGUCGGCUGCCAAAUCUCCAAGGACUCGGAGUCGAAAUAACAUUUUUUGGAAACGACGACGUACAUACAGAAAGUGCCGACUCUUUUGAAAACGAGUUGUCAGUUGCGUUGGCUUUCGGAUCCGAUGACCCUGUCGGUCACCUACUGCUUCAAUUAACUCCCGUCGCGAGAGAGAAACGUGUGCAACUAAAAACUCUGAUCGAGAGGGACUCGAUCGCACCGACGUGUGUCCUCCCGCCGCCCACUGCUCCACAACACGCACGAUGAAUCAAAAGUGUAAGGUGUGCGGCGAACCGGCUGCCGGCUUCCACUUUGGCGCUUUUACCUGCGAGGGAUGCAAAUCGUUUUUUGGCCGGACGUACAGCAAUGUGUCGGCCAUCGGCGACUGCAAGAACGGCGGCCAGUGCGUCAUCAACAAGAAGAACCGGACGACUUGCAAGGCCUGCCGAUUGCGCAAAUGCCUCCUGGUGGGCAUGUCCAAAAGCGGCUCCCGUUACGGCCGCCGCUCCAACUGGUUCAAAAUCCAUUGCCUCCUCCAGGAGCAGACGGGACUGGAGGCGCCGCUGGGCAGCUCCGGACUGGGCGGCGGCGGUAGCGGCAACCAUUCGGACCUCUCCAUGUUCAAACAUCAUCACGCCCUGGCCACCAGUAGCAGAAGCCCCGACGGAUGCAGCAAUUCCGACACGGCCGGCGACAAGGAGAAAUCAGGUCACAACAACAACAACAACAACAACAUGUCCUCCUCCUCGUCGGUGGCAUCCGGGCGCAGUGAUUCGCCCAUGGACGACAACGACGACUGCGCCGCAUCCAAGGAAAACCUGCGGAUGCUCUUGACUGGAAGUCCGUCCGAGUCGUUCAACAUCUUCCACCACCACUACCACAACCACAUGCGGAAGAGUUCCAGUUCCACGUCGCCCAUCAGAGGAGGAGGAGGGGGACUCUUGGCCAUCGCCGGAAUGCCUUUCGGUCAUCUCCAUCACUCGACUGCGUCAUCGCCGCUUGUCGAUCCCGUCCGGACGAGUAGCCCCAAACUGCCGGGCGAAUCCAGCGGCGGAUCGGCUAGCGGACAUCGAUCUCUGGUUCACCCGAGUAGUCAUCUCCUUUACCCGCUAAUAGCCCGCCAUCACCAGGCCGCCCUGCAUCCGUACCACCGGACACCGCCGACUAGCGACAUGCGGAGGUCGAGAAGUCCGGCCUCCGCCGUCCCCAGUCCGGUGGAUUCUGACGUUCCGGAACAAGACGGUCCCAUCGAUUUGUCCUGCAAGGCUUCGUCCUCUUCGUCGUCGUCGUCGCCGUUCGGCCACCAGCAAUCCAUGUGCCACAUCCGGGCGGAGAUCCUGACGGAAUUGGACGACGACGAGGACCAUCACCAUUUGAUGACGAGUGAAACGGGAGGAGCCCCGCUGGAUCUCACCACCAAAGGAUGAGCCCGAAAAGAAGGUGGUCCGUCUUCAUAGGCCUCUGCACUUGUCAAUUUGUGUUGUACAAUUCAAUGGAAAGAAGAAAAAGAAGAAGAAGAAGACAAAUUUCACGAAGCCAGAAAGUGCCAAACAGGAAGAAAUGGACGGGCGGUUGGAGAGGGGAUGAACCGGUGCAGCAUCGGAAUGGACGUCAUUUUAAGUCGGAACGGUUGUUUCUUUUUUCUUUUACCGGCAGCGCCUCCGUUUCUUUUUUUCUCCCGAGAAAAGAAGAAGAAGAAGCACCUGAUGUUCGGUAACGGCCCCCGUGUAUUGGGGGCGACGAUGGAGAAGAAUUUGCAUCACAAUAGGCCGCGGCGCUAUAGACAUUUGCAUCGAAAGUUCAGCCAUUCGUUUCGCUUCUGCCAACAUCAACGCUCUUUUUCUUUUGUUUUUCUUUCUCUUUCUUUCUUUCUUCCGUUAUUAUUGUUUUUUUUUUCACCUAUUCCGACCCUGUUCCGUGUGUGUUUCAAUCGGUGACCACUUUUGUUGUUCCAUCAGUUCUUGCCCCCACCCCCUCCUUUUUCUCACGAAUGCGAUUCGAGGUCUAUACACCCGCCCGCUUGUUCCUCAGACAACAUUUGAAAUCACGAGUCUUCCCGCCAAUUGGUUUCUUAUUUUUUGUUUCGUUCGUUUUUCGCUAUGAUCGACAUACGAGCUGCAGGUCAGAGAUCAAUUUCCACUACAUUAUUAUUAUUAUUUUUGUUUUUGUUUCGAGUAAUUAUUUUACUCCCUUCCUUCCUAUUGUACAUAUCGAAUCAAAAAAAAAAAAAGAAAAAAAGUGAAAAUCCUAAAUCAUAAUCAUAAUAAUAAUAAUAAUAUUAUCUACACCGGUACACACACGCCAGAAAAACUCCCCAAAUGGCUGAGAGGCAAACCCCGAACGCCCACGCCCCGCACACACAGCACACACACUCACUUAUGUGUGCAGCAGCGGGCGCGUUCGCAGAGUGAGACGAUAAAUUUUCAAAGAUAACAACAAAUUUUUUUUCCCGAACAAAAUUUUAAUAAAAAAAGCAAAAAAACAAAAA